AUGGCUACACCAACCAUCCGGCAUGAAUUCUACGAGACGGACGAGCGUGUCGUCGUCUCCAUCUUUGACAAGGGCGCGGACCCUGCGCAGGUCAAGGUCGACUUUGGCGCACGACAGGUGUCGUAUUCGCACGGGGAGAAGAAGCUCGACCUCGGCCCCUUGAAAGGCCAGAUCGACCCCGACAAGAGCUCUUUCACCGUCGGCAAAGUCAAGGUCGAGCUCAAGCUCGCCAAAGCCGCACCCACACGCUGGGGCGGCCUCAUCGGCGAAGCGCCAGAUCCUCUCGCCAACUCCGCCGCACCCAGCACGCGCCACACUACCCUCCCCAUGGCACGCACGAACUGGGAUAAGGUCUCUCAGGCAGCCUUGGACGCCGAAAAGGCCAAGACGUCUUCAGAGGAUCCGAACGUGAACGGGGACAACACGUUGAAUGAGUUUUUCCAGAAACUGUACGGGGAUGCAGACGAGGACACGCGCAAGGCGAUGAUGAAGAGUUUCCAGGAGAGCGGCGGAACUGCGUUGAGCACUAACUGGGAUGAGGUGAAGAAGGAGAGGGUGCCGAUCAAGCCACCGGCGGGUAGCGUUGCGAGGAAGUGGGAGGCAUAG